CGUCACCGCGCAGACUGUGAUGGCGGAUGUUACCGAGAUCGACACGAUGAAGCACUUCCAUGGAGGUUUUGAGAAAAUCGACAAAGAAAUGAGCCGCUAUCCGCACUGCAUCGUCUGGACACCCAUCCCGGUUCUGACCUGGUUUCUGCCAUUCAUUGGGCACAUGGGCAUAUGUACAUCCACCGGUGUGAUCAGGGAUUUUGCUGGCCCUUACUUCGUUUCAGAGGACAACAUGGCGUUUGGAAAACCAACAAAAUACUGGAAGCUGGAUAAGAAUAAAGUGUACGGCGGUGGAGCAAACGCCUGGGAUGUGGCCGUGCACGAGGCGUCUGAGGAAUACAAAACUAGAAUGCACAAUCUGUGUUGUGAUAACUGCCACUCUCAUGUUGCCAUGGCUCUGAACCUCAUGCGCUACGACAACUGCUCCUCGUGGAACAUGGUCAAUCUCUGCUUACUGUCCUUCAUCCACAGCAAACAUGUCAGCUUUGUGGGGUUCCUGAAGACCUGGCUGCCUUUCCUGAUGAUUAGUGGGGUUAUAGUCACCAUCGCCCUUGCUGUCAACCUGCGAUGACGGAGGUUGGAUGACAGGAGCAUCAAACACGGAGAGAGAUGUUGGACGGCCGUGCAGGGCACCUCAGGAUCAUUAUAAGCCUCGGCUACAAGAAGCAAAUCUGAACCUGAACUUUAAUCAUGCGACUGUACAACACUACAUUGCUUCUGUUAGGAGAUUCAGUCUGGCUGGUUGGGAAUACAGAGACCUCUUUGCAGACUAUUAGUAUCAUUGUAAAUAAGUGAAUUACAGGGAUAUUUUCCAUUACUGCUUGCAUAAGCUUUUUCAUUUGAUAUAUUUGUAAUAUAAUCAUAUCACAUAUAUAGAUGGGUCUAAAUGAAACAUGGUGACAAUUUCCUGUCAAGACUGUUGUGAAAAGUGAUUCCAUAACCUAUAAUAAGGAAGAAUAUGAGAAUUAAGAUCUAAGCAUAUGCCCCCCUCAUAAUUUAGUUUUGCCUCAUUCUUAGAACUAUUUGAAUUUUAUUGUGCAUCAAAAAUAUGUCCAUUUUCAUCAGUUAUUUUAAUUGAUCCAGGAUGUUUACAGCCGAAUAUUGUUUUACUCUAAUGAGAGUUUAUAUAUUUGAUUAUAUGUCUUCAUUUAUAUUAUAUGACCAAAUACAAAUGUAUAUCCAUAA